AUGGACCUUGCCCCAGUUACCGCACAGCCGGCGACCAGCCCGGUCCUCUGCCUGCGGCGCGGGCACAGCAAGUGUCAACAGCCGCCGUACACUGUGGCGGACCUCACGUACGACCACGCGACAGCUACAAGCCCGGCACCCGUAGCAAGGUCGCUGCCCCGUAACGUGUGUUAUCAGACGGCGCUGUCCUGCUGCACCGUGUGCACAGCACUGUCGGCGACGCACCUCGGAGAAAGCUGUCGCGCCACAGGCCGCCCCACAAGUUCGUACACCCUCUGUCGACACUCCCACGCGGCCCAGGCGGGAAGCAACACGCACCAGCAGCAACGCAGAGGCCUCCCACUGCAGGAAGUUGCAGACUGUCUGGCUGAAGCAGGACUGGUCCAGUGGCAGCACAGUUCCCGUCAAACGGGGCCCUUCCAGCAGCGACGCAGGAUGCGCCCGCUGUGCCUUCUGCCGCCACUGCAGCUGCUGCUGAUAAUCGCGGGCGUCAGCGCUCAAGACUGCAGGCCGCCAGGACACGGGUGUGCUGAUGAUUACGCCUGCUGUGACGGUUGCUGCCUCUCAGGAGUAUGUGAGUACACAAGGGCACCUUGCUACAUUGAUCGAGAUGAUAUGUGUCUGAGUCAUUACUGUCCUGGUGGUUUCGAGUGCUACCUGUACCAACCACAUGUAUCAGUGGCACCAUAUCCAGAUUGUCGACCAGUUAAAAACUAAAGAAAGUUUGAUAGAAUGUUGAUCUGCAGUGAGUUUCUUGAAUGUGUUUCAACAAUGAUAUCAGAUAAUUCACUUUUAAAAAGUGAUUCAAAUUCAAUAAACAUUACUCAUAUCAUAAGAUGUCAUUUUUAAAUAAAUCACUUCUCGUGCAAUCAAUUGACUGUAACAACAGUUAGUGCCAUUAAGAAGGUAAAAAAUGGAAAAUAUUGAACAGAUACUAAACAUGUACAAUCUACCUCCAAGGAAUAUAAGCAGAAAAAUAGUGAUUAAUGCUUAAGUGGUAAAUAGUACUUUUGCUUAUCCUGUGUGGAUGAAGAACCUGUGAGAACGAAACCCUAUGAUAUAAUAAAUGUUAUUUUCGCAUUUAAAUGUCUACUUAAUACUAAAACUAAACAUGUAAUAGAACAGAUGUGUUGAUGAAAUGCUUGUGCUUGAGGAAUAGUCAUAAAGUUUUAAUUAUCACAUAAAAGAGUUAUGCAAUUAAUUUUAAACACUGGAAACUCCAGGUAGGAAUAUCAGCAAUGUAGGAAAAUAUAAAUUGCUACCUACUGUACAGAAGACUCAUCAAGUAGCAGACAGGCACAUUUAAAAUACACUUACAUAUAGCUUUCAGCAACUAUCUUCAUCAGCAAAAGAGAGACACAUGCCAUUCACACACACAGCAAGCACACCUCACGCACAUACAACUGCCACCUCCAGCAUCUUCGGCCCGAGAUGCUGGAGUUGGUGGUUGUAUGUGCACAAAUUGUGCUUGCUUGUGUGUCAGUGGUGUGUGUCUCUCUUUUACUGAUGAAGGCAGUGGUCGAAAGCUAUAUAUAAGUGUUCUUUAAUUGUACUGUCUACAACUUGAUGUGUCUUCUUUACUGUAAGUAGCUAUCUGUCUUUUCCUACAUUGUGUGUAAUUAUUUUUAAGUUUUUUUUGGUAGCUGCAUAUCUGCAGUUCUGGCUCACAAUGAAAGUCCUGCACCAUAGUUCAACUGUGUAACGCUCAAGGAGCCAUAAUAAUGUGAAGCAGCACGCUGAUAAAGAGGAGCUGCCCUGGCUCCCACGCAUCUCUUCCUGAUUUGUUUGUACAUCUGUCUCACAAAGAUGAACAAUUUAUUGAUGAAAGUGAAAGUGAUUGAGGUGAAGAGAAAUGAGAUCAUAGUAUUUCAUUCAUUAUGUCACUAUUUAAUGUAAUAUUCAGCACCAGAAAGACAAUACACAAGGACAAUGUCAGUAAAGGAAGGAAGGAAGGGAGACAAGGAUUUAACACCAUUUCAACAAUGAAAUCAAUAGAGAUGUAACAUGAGAUUCAAUUAGGAAAGAAAAUUGUCCAAGUCCUGUUCCAGGAAAACAUCUUGGCAUUUGCCCAAAACAGUUUAGAAAAAUGUUGGAAAAUUUAUUUACUUAUUUUUAUUUAUUUAUUUAUUUACAUUUUCUUUGCGUGGAGCCAUCAUAAUGAUGGCUUUUGCAAACGUCAGACUUAAU